AUGAACUUGCGAAACAGGUUCGCGGCACACUUCUUUGUUAAUAGCACAAAAGUCUCCUUGAGUGGGCCUUCCAGUGGCUCAACAGGCUUCAAGACACUGUCGACGUUCAAGUUGCCCGGGUUCAGACUGUAUCUGGAAAUCAGUGAAAACAAAGCCUUCACCAUCCACUUGGUUAGCUCUAGUCUCAUCAGAAUAUCAAACGACUCGUUACCUUCCAUGUACAAAAGCAACAUCUCUGUUGUAGAGCCAAAGUUGUCUGAUCUGACCAGAGACUUGUACUCGGCAAAUCUGCUAUAG